CCACCGCGAAGUACGUGAGGCUUCGAGGGGCGAUGCGCAACACGCUGAGCAUCAGCCCCUGAACAAAUAUGUCUCGCGCUGCAGUUAGAGCCUAUUCUGAUAAAAGUGGGCAAAAGCCCUCUGUCCUAGCAACCACUAUGCAAAUCCCGGACCCCCAUAUAGAGGAGAUUGACCCUGGUUGCGUCAUCCUGGCCCAGUGGGAGGAUAUUUUGAGAACUGAGGAAGCCGAGGACGUUGUAGGAGAAAUUGUUGAAGAACUCUUAAGCCAUGUCAUGGAGACCUGCUUCAGGGGGUACAUUCAGAAACAGCUGGUGCCUUACUCUAUAUCCAGGGCAAAAGACUGCCUGAUUCAGAUUUUGGAGUGGCAGUUCUUCCUCCGAGAUGAAGGAGAAGGACCUGAGGUGGCCUCCAGAACCGAGGACACAGAGCCUCUGCCAUCCACUACAGACUCCUGGGCUCAAGGAUGUGUCCUUGUUGUGCAAGCCACACCUCAAAAUCCCUCCUCCCCUAAACAGGAAUCUUCAAUACAACGGGUAGCUAAACAAACAGAGCCAAGAUCCGAUCAACAACGUCAUAUGAUGGCCCAAAGCAGUUUUCCAGAUCAAUGCAAAAAAGACAAAAAGCCCAGUGAGCCUCCAGAAAACAGGACUUACAGAGUACAAUCCCCUCUCCUGCUGCCAAAAUGUGAAAAGAAGAAACAAAGGCAGAUUCACUCUCCCAUCAAUAUGGCAACAGACAAAUUGCUGCAUUCCCCAAGAACCUCACUGUCGAGUUCAGCCAAAGAGGAGAAUGAGAAAGAAAAGGAAAAGGCAAAAAUUGAACAUUUUAUAUCAGUUUCCAGAUUUGGGUCAUUAUAUCAGAAUGAGGACUACCCAUCCAUACUCAAAUUGGAUCAUGCCUGUCUGCCUCAGCACUGUGUCUUACCUCAGUAUGAGAUUCUUGGCAAAAAUAAAUACCACCUAAAACACCAUCCUAAGAGACCAAGUGGAUUGCCUAUACCAGAAAAGAGACCUAACAAACAGCACACAAUCUUGAAAGUACAUACUUUGAAGUCAUCAACCAGCUACCUGGAUCAGCCAACCCAGUUCGGGGCUGAUUUCUGCUUGUCCCUCAGGAAGAAGUCCAGUCCCACCGGGGUUAAAAGAGAUGGGACAAUUCCCUUCUCUGAAACUCUUAGACUAGACACUAUGAAUUUGGCCCAGGGUGUUUCCCUUAAGGAUGCUCGGGGUACCCAAUUUAGCCCACUCAAAAUGUGUCCACCAUGCCAGCUGGAGCCCAGUGCUGAGCUUAGGCCAAUGCAGAGCAAUCCCACAUUGCCGCUGUACACUGUGGAACAGCUUACUGCAGGUCUACUGCCUCAAGUCACCCCACUGCUCUAAUUAGAAGAUGUAACCAUGAGCUAUACACUCAAGAUAAACAUCAAGUUCUUAACUUUGAGUAGAAUGAAUUUAUCAGUGGUUCGGAUAAUGGAUGGAUGGAUGAAUUUUCAGUUUGAGUUGAAAAACGAUUUAGAUUUGUCUAAUGUUCUUUGAUACAUUUGUCCUGUUUGAAUUACAAAGCCAAAGCUGUAAACUACACAUUCCUGAAAUAAAAUUCAAUACAUUUACACAUUGUUACCUAACAUUGGGAUACUUAACUUUUUCCUCAUAUGUGAAAUAAAACUUUUUAGUGCUGUUUC